UGCAGGACGGGGGCGGGGCUUUAGGACCACUGUCCGCACAGUAAGUUCCCAGCCCGGGUCCGGUCCCACAGCCUCUCGGUCGAGCUCGGAGCGUUAGCCGCCGCGGGUCCGCCGACCGUGCUCCUUACGCUCCUCAGCCCUGGACCCAGUGGAGAAUCUCAGGAACAAGACCAAAGCACAUUGCUGACAUCAGAUUCUUCAUCUUUCUGCCUCCAGUUCUCAGAAAAGAAUUUCCAACCCUUUGGGAAGAAAGUGACUUUUGUUAUCUCCACCUCUGCCUUCACUGACCUUUAAUCUUCUUUUUUGCAAUUCCUUGGGUUAACUUUGGUUCCAUCCCGCACUCUGGUCUUCAGCCCUUUGGCAAGUUUCGGCAUCUGAACCUUACACUCCGCAGUCAGAGUUUGGUGUUGAGAGGAGGCGCAUAAGCUGUGGGCUGGGCAACCAGGCCUGGGGUGAGGUCGCCAUGUCCACCAAGGUCCCCAUCUAUCUGAAGCGUGGCAGUCGCAAGGGCAAGAAAGAGAAGCUACGGGACCUGCUGUCCUCGGACAUGAUCAGCCCACCACUAGGGGACUUCCGCCACACCAUUCAUAUCGGCAGUGGAGGUGGUGGGGACAUGUUUGGGGACAUCUCCUUUCUGCAGGGCAAGUUCCACCUUCUGCCAGGAACUGCAGUUGAGGAGCCCGAGGAGGAUAGUGGCUUCGACCUCCCCUUCCAGUUCACACGCACUGCCACCAUGUGUGGUCAGGAGCUCCCCGUGGGGCCAUUGCUUCCUAUCGAGCCAUCACCUCUGCUCAAGAAUGCCAUCUCCCUACCUGUCAUCGGUGGGCCCCAGGCCCUUACCCUGCCCACAGCCCAGGCCCCACCCAAGCCCCCUCGCCUGCACCUGGAGACCCCUCAGCCUUCCCCGCAGCCUUCCCCACAAGAGGCAGGAAAUGUGGACAUCUGGAGGACUCCAGAGGCUGGCUCACCCCACAAUGGGUUGACCCCAGAGUCAGGGGCUGAGGAGUCCUUCCUGUCCCAUGCCAGCUCCCUGCUGUCCCUGCAUGUGGACCUAGGCCCUUCCAUCCUAGAUGAUGUUCUCCAGAUCAUGAAUCAGGACCUGGACAGCAUGCAGAUCCCUACAUAGGACCUCGGUUGACCAGGCGGGGUGCCCAGGCUGGGGUGAGGCCAGGAGGCCGGGUGUGGACAUGGCCCUGGCCCAGGAGUCAAGGAUGCCGGGCCCACCUGUGGUCUCUGGCCAGUGAUUCUCCUUGUGAGCCUUUUAUCCCCCUUCCUCCAUCGUCUCCCCACAGGCACAGUGCGCCUCCUUGGUUUCCCUUAACAACCCACCAAGGACACCAGCAGAAGUCAGCCUAGAGUGCCGUGAGCAUCUUGGACCCCCUGGACCCCCGCUGCCAACUGCCCUUUCUCCCCUCAAGUUCCUCGGGUGAAAGCUCUGCUGAAAGAGUCCCUUUCCAUUUCCUCUCCACCUCCGCCCCACUGGAUGCCCUGCCUGAGGGCAGGGGAGGAGGCAGCUGGAGAACUUGGGCACUUGGCACGCUGCUCCGCACCUUUGGUUUUGUGUCCUGGACUGGGAGCCUCAUAUCAGUGAUGUGUCCUGCCUUGUGCCCUGUCCCAUCCCUUCCUCACAUGACCAGGGAAUUCUGGUUGCAAUAAAACGUGCUGCUGCCAAUG